UAGAUGUGUUUCAAAGACCCGCUGAGAUAGCAAUCUUGUAAGAAGAUUCUGUGAUCUUUUGGAGUCAAUACAAACAUUUACGAAACAUUCGUCACUUCCAAUAGGAUAUUAAUUAUCAAGUAACAUAACUCAGACAGAAAUAUCAAGGAAAGAGAGCCACAAUGCCUACUCUGAAUUUGCCAAGAUGGAGACGUUACCUAACAGUGGAACCAGUGGUACUUUUUUAUACAUUUGGUUUGUUCAUGAGUCUCCCUGUCAUGACACAGUACAUAUACUUCAGAGUCAGUGAAUUUAAGGGCUUUCCGUACAACAUAUCGGCAACUACUGAAAAGGGAUGUGUCGAAGAUUCUAAUGGAAACGGUACGUCUUUGGCGGAGUUGGAAAAGGAGGUGCAAACCCUGGCGGCUAGAAUUGACAUGGGAAAUAUCCUCUUCCAGUCUCUACCGUCCAUUCUUAUGGUCCUUCUUUUGGGUCCUUGGACGGACACUGGUGGAAGACGUCCCGCUCUGUUAGCCCCUCCUCUAGGGAGUGCUCUAGAGGCCAUUACUAUUCUGCUUAUAAUGUAUUUUGAUUGGCCAGUGUUUGUGUUGUUUGUCGGCUCGGCCAUAAAUGGCUUCUCGGGAUUCUUUACAAUCAUGAAUAUGGCUGCUUUCGCUUAUGUUUCUGACAUCACAACCGAAGAAGGACUCGCUAUCCACAUUGCCGUUGUCCAGCUCGUGGUAUUCAUUGGCGGAGUCGUGAGCCAGUUGACCAGCGGUGCAUGGUUGAAUAGACUCGGUUUCAUCCCUCCUUAUUGGUUCAUUUUCGCCUGUCACGUGGCCGGGUUGCUAUGGGCGGCGUUCAUGGUACCGGAAUCAAAACGCGAAAGCCAGAAAAACAAGAUCCGCUUCUUCAGCUUAGACAGCUUUAAAGCAGUAUGGAGUGUGUACAAGAAACCAAGAAACGGCGGAAGAAAAAAUCUCCUUAUGCUUCUCAUCUCGGAUGGGAUAAUCACUCUAGGGGUUUUGGGUAUCAGUGGAGUAGUGUCGCUUUUUGUCCUGCGCACCCCACUCUGCUGGGGACCAGCUACGCUUGGGGUUUUUAUGGCUUUCCGAUUCUUCAUGCAGGGUUUUGGUGGAAUCGUGGGAAUCGGAAUUCUGAAAAGGUUCAUGAGCGAGGUGAAUGUCAUGAGAGUUGGCAUGGUGUCCCAAUGCCUUUCGCUGGUUUUCUUUGCCUUUAGUAAUCGCACAUGGAUGGUUUUUUUAGGUUUUUAAAGAAUCCGAUGUCGUUUAGAAAGAUGACAGAAACCUUAACUGAGCCCGAAGCGGAUGAAACAGAAGUAAAACUCGAAGACAUACCUCUUGACGAAGAUGAACCUCAAACGACCGUACUUUAGAUAUCAAUGCAUUUCCCAAAUAAAAAAAAAUUGCUUCAAAGACAGAUCUUAAAAUACUUUCCUUCUUCGUGGAAGGACUAGGCCCGACAAAUCUAAGACGUCACUCAUGACGUCACAGCAAACGCAAUCCAAAGUAUUCCUGAUUGGUUGGUUGUUACUUUCGUAGAGGAAGUCAUGACCAAUCAACAGCCGAUUGGAUGAUGGCAUGACUAAGUCAUCAGACGACUCAUCCUCGCAAAAAAAGAAAACUAUCAACAGCAAGCCAUACACUAAGGUAACCCUUUAAACCCUCAGAGUGACAAAAAAGGAAAUGAUCAUCAACUUAAGAGGCUCUUGAUUAUUAAAACAAAUUAUCCUCAUAUAUGGAAAAUAGUAUGGAUAAUAUGCAUACUGAUGUUAAUUUUCAUCUCUCUUUUAUCCAAUAAAGUUAAACUGUACUCACAAUUUCAAAAAGAGGUUAUUUCAAGUCAAACAAACACACCAUUGUUUUAAUUGGCAAAACCCACUGUUUAAUAUCAUAACAAAGGCUACAAAUUCUAUAUCCCUCUCUACAAAGCCAGUCAUAUAGCUCAGCUAAAACAUACAUAAAAAGGUU